AUGACCACCGCACCAACCAAGAGCACUGCGAUCUACAGCAAUGAAGUCGGUAAAGUUAUCCUCCACGACCUUCCAGCUCCCCAGCCCGAAGACGAUGAAAUCCUCAUUAGAGUCUUAUACUCAGGCGCCAAUCUAUCUGAUGUGCGAACCCUUGAGCUCCAUGGUUUCAAGAACUACGUCCUUGGCAAUGAAUUCUGUGGUGAGGUCCUCGAGACUCCGAGUCUAGCCGCCACAUCCUUCAAAGCUGGUGACAUCGUUGCCGGCCUUGUGACAGCCGGCGAGGGUCGGCCAUCGCGCUAUGGUACACACCAAGAAUACAUCGCUAUUCCACCAUCUUGGGCUUCCAAGGUGCCUGAUAACGUGCCACCGCAUGUAGCUGCCGCCCUUACUAUCGUGGUGCAAACUGCAAAUGAUGCACUAUAUAACCGACUCCGUUUACCCCUGCCUCCAAGCGUAGCUACUCCCGAGGAGCGUGCCAACACCCAAGAGCCAGAGGGAACCUUGGUUAUCUGGGGUGGCGCUACAGGUGUCGGUAUGGCUGCUAUCCAGCUUGCCCGAGCCAGUCGCAUUCCUUCGAUUUUUGUUAUAGCAUCCGCUAAGCGACACGACUGGCUCAGGUCCCUAGGUACAACUCAGUGUUUCGACUAUCACGACGAGGACGUCGCCGAUCAGGUCAAGUCAGCUUUGAAAGGAACCAAGGGCACAAUUUGGGGAUUUGACGCGCUUGGGUCCUUCGCCUAUCCGAAUUCGCAGGAUUUACUCGCAAGUGUUAUUCCUGAGCAUAAUAACGUAAGCUUGGUAACAGUCUUGCUGACCCCACAAGAGGGAUUCCAACCCACUAUGGCCGGUCGCCAUUUUGACCUAGAAUUUGAUAUGCCAGAUGGGACUAAGAUCACUCUUUCUAAAGAUAUGGUCGCUGCGGAAAGAAUGUGGAGAGCGUUAGGCUGGGUUGUUGAGCACUAUGGAACUGAGUAUAUACCAACUCCUGUCCGCAUAUUUGAUGGUACAGGCAAGCAGGCAAUCGAUGAGCUUUAUAGGAUGAAAGAGAUGAGUCACUUUGGCAGGACGGUAUUGAAGCACCCCCUAAAGUGA